UGCCAAAAGACAUAGACUUGCAACACCAUUGCCAUGGAAGAUUUCAGCACACAGUCUAUGGUACAAACAUGUUCCAAUUGUGCUGGGGACACAGAAUUCUACUGCAAGACAUGUAAAAGUAAUCUAUGUCCACAAUGUAAAGAGGGACACGUUAUUGAUUUAGACACAGUAUACCAUGAUGUGAUAUACAGUGAGAAAUUUGAAUUCAUCCACAAAGCAGAGACUUGUGGAAGACAUCCAGAUAUGAUAUAUGAUAUAUAUUGUCAGUCUUGUAAACUUUCUGUCUGUAAUCUUUGUACAGAACAUAAAAAUCAUGAUAAACUGGAUCUUAAAACUGCAUAUAGAAUAACCCGACAAGAACACAAAGAAACCAUUCACAGAAUCAGAAGCGAGAUUCUCUCUAAGAACCAUAUUCUCUUAUCAGGAAUUCGAAAACAGAGGAAGAUAUGGAAUGCAAAAAUCUCAGACAUUCAAUCAGUAAUGUUCUUAAAAGCUACAAGACUAAAGGAUCUCGUUAAUGUCGUGUUGUUUAAUGCUAAAACAAAAUGUAAUCUCAUUUUGAUUCAUAGAUUGCAACAUCAGAAGAGAAAACUAAAUAGACUCCUUGCCAAUGUUGAGCACUAUGAACACAAGUCUGAUCAGUUGUCUAACAAACCAGUAACCUUUCUUUUAUUCUACAAGGAAACUUUCAUCAACGAGAUCAAGGAAACUGUAAAGCUAAAGCAAAUGCCUCUUCUCUCAAUGAAUGAGGAAUUAAACAAAGAUGGUGUGCUUCUGUUACUAAAAGAAAUCCAAUGCAACACAGUUAGAACACAAGUAGGAAAUGAACAGCUGCUGAGAAUGAUGACUAAGGCUGACUUGCAGAAAUCAGUCAAAGUCACAGAUAUAAGUUAUGGUCGUCAUAUUUCUCUUGUGACACCGAAUAAAUUCUGGGUCAGUGAUUGGACCAACCUCAUCUUGACAGACACAUCAGGUGAAACUCUUCAAUGUGUAACAGACAAAGAUGAAUCUGGGGGUGUGCACACAGUAUCAAAUGCUGGAGAACUUAUCUAUAUUGACAGCAAAACAAAUAUCGUCAAAAUUCUAACAGACAGCAGAACAAAGGUCAAGUUAAUAAAGAUAAUUGAUUCAUGGAGACCCCGCAGUCUCUACUUCUCUUCUUUUUCUGGAGAUCUGCUUGUUGGGAUGAGUAGAUACUAUACAGAUAUAAUAGGCAAAGUAACUCGGUAUGAUAGCACUGGACAAGAAAUCCAGACUGUUCAAUUCAACAACAAAGGUCAGCCUUUGUUUGGUGAUCCGAAGUACCUCACACAGAACUGCAAUGGAGAUAUUAUUGUGUCAGACUAUAUUCUUAGAGCAGUAGUGGUGACAGACUCUGGAGGCAAUCAUCGGUUCUCUUACACAGGGCCUCCAUUAGGUUCAGGACUAGUACGACCAGGAUCGGGACUACAACCAGCAGGAAUCUGUACAGACGGGCUUUCACACAUCCUGGUGUGUGAUACCUUCAAUGACACAAUACAUAUCAUUGAUAAGGACGGCCACUUCCUGUCACUUCUGUUGACCAAACAAGAGAGUAUAAAUAAGCUGUAUGGCCUCUGCUAUGACUACAAAACUCAUCUUCUCUAUGUUGGUCGUGGGUCAUCAGAUUGCACUGACAUAGUGUCUGUAUAUAGAUACAUACAAAGGCAAUACAUUUUGACAGAUGAUGACAAUUGAUAAAAGUGUCAGGCAAUUAUUUUAAAG